UAUAUCGAGGCGCACAAGAAACUGGCCGACGAGGCUGAGGAGCUUCGCAAAGCCAUGAUUGCCCAAAACUGUGGAGCGGCUGUUGUUCCCCAGGCCUCGCUACCUAUUGAAGAGCCUCAGACGUGUUCCAGCCUUACUCAGGAUUUGACCUCCCUAGGUGAGGGCGUAAAGGCACUGCAUGAGUUCGCACACCUCCUGUCCGAGAUAACCAAUUCUGUCGACCGGAUCACUGAGGUCUCAGACAAGUUCGCUGAAAUGACAACCGGCCCGGUCUGUGACCCUUCUGAGACAAUAGACUACGAAAUGUUGGACCAAAUCGUAGAAAACAGGACUUGUUUUAUACCUCAGGGCUCCGACCCCACCUAA